GUUCCUGUUUCCGCCGACGGCUUUUCCUAUGUGUUUAUGACUCGGGAGCUCAUCGCGUCGCUGUACAGCUCUUUCAAUAUGUCGAUGCCCUCUCAAAUGCAAGAUGCCGUGUUCGACAGUUCAAUUUUGAGCGCGAACGAUAGCGUUCCCUCGGGCUUGAACGCUAGCGAUAUCCUCUACGGGAAGUUCUGGAAUAACGGAGACGGACACUCGCUGUGGAGUUUUCCUGUGACACGCAACUACGGUGACGACGGCAGAGGCUGGCAGUCAAUCGAGACGACGCUGAUUCGGUGCGUGUCGGACGCCAACGGCGCAUCCACACGUAUAGGUGCGUAUACUCGACACCGUCGUGACCGUUUGCUGAUGUUCGUGCAUGCAGGCUACGACGCGGCGGUGUGCCUGCGGCUCAUCGAGCCUUGGGUGGUGGAAGCAUAUAACAGCACUGUUAGCCCGCCCAGCUCGCUGCGCAUCGUGAGGAAGCAAAGCGCCGUCGAUACGUCACAGGCGAAGGAUGGUAUCGUCCGGGCACUGAACUCGACCAACAAGGGGCCUGCUUACGACGCCGCACAUGACAAUUCCGUGAACCAGUUUGACAAGGUAUGGUCCGCGUGCUACACCGAGCUCGAUCCCGACCGUGUCGCCUCCGUGCGCGCGCUAGCGGACUCGGUCAAUCUCCUGCCCUACCUCGCCGGAUCCGCGCCGCUGCGGGCCACUUCGUACAGGGACCAGCCAUACGCGAACGCGAGGGUCGACUGGCGGAUCAUGGGCCCGUUCCUCGGCACGCUUGUAUGUAUGGGCCUCCUGGCGCGUUUUCUUCCGCAUAGCACUCAGGGCGGAAUCAACAUCACACCCCGGAAGAAGAAGAAGGAGCGCAACUGUCACUUCCCGAGUUGGCGGAGGAUGAAGGCGCUGUGGGGAAAGGAUGCGGUGAGUCAGAGCGGGGUCGAGAAGUUGGGGAACGGAGAGGCGACCAGCGAAGUGGCGCGUCACGGUCCCAACUGA